ACGGCCGAGUGUACGGCACAUACACGGGCUUUAGGCGCAGUAUUGUCAUCAAUGAGCCCGACCUGCUCCGGGACAUUAUGGUAAAAGACUUUAACGUGUUUCCCGACCACAAGCAUUUCCACAUGGGCAGUUCAAAACUGGACAAAAGCUUAUUUUUUAUGCCCGGCGACGAUGACUGGAAACGUGUGCGCUCUAUACUGUCCCCAGUGUUUACAUCGGGUAAACUCAGAGCAAUGAUGGCACACAUCGGCGGCAUUUCCGAUGGAUUGGUCCACAGUUUGAGUGAAUUUGAGAAAAAUGGAAAACCUGUUGAUAUGCGUAAAUAUAUCGGCGCGUUUGCGAUGGAUGUGAUCAGUGCCUGCGCUUAUGGCAUAAACCCUCAGUCUACUAGUAAUCCGGAUCAUCCCAUCGUAACCAACGCUAAGAGUAUACUAGGAUUAGACGCCGGACUCAAUCAAAUACUAUCUGUUUUGACGCCCGCUUUGGCCCGAUUCCUAAACCUCGAGCCCUUUCCGGUCAAAGCUGUUGACUAUUUCGAUGAUUUGACAAAUCAAAUACUGAAAGAAAGAAAAGUGAACAACAAAUACAUUAUAAUUAAUAAUAAUAAACACAAAAAGCGCACAGAUUUCAUACAAUUAAUGAUAGACUCAGAAAAGUCGGACAAAGAGUCGGGUUAUUAUUCCGGUAGUGAACCGGAAGUGGACGACGAGUCCAUCGGUGGACAGUUGCCUAAGAAAGUUGUGGGAACCCUAACACCGGAUGAGUUGACGGCUCAGGGAAUACUGUUUUUUAUCGCCGGUUAUGACACCACCAGCGCUGCCCUAACGCACGCAAUACACUACUUGUCCAAACACCCGGACUGUCAGCAGAUACUAUACGAAGAGUUGCGAAGUUGUGAUGAGUUUACGUACGAAAAGUUAUCGCAAUUGAAAUACUUGAACGCAGUUAUCAAUGAAACACUACGUCUCGCGCCUUCACUAACACGUAUACAACGGGAAUGCGUUCAGGACUACAAACUCGGAAAUACCGGCAUUACAGUACCCGCGGGCGCAUCGGUCGAGAUCUAUCCAUACGCUAUACAAAGGGAUCCAGACUUUUGGCCCAACCCUAACGACUUUAUACCCGACCGGUUCCUAAACCCUGUACACCAUCCGUACGCUUAUUUGCCGUUUGGUGGCGGACCCAGAAUUUGUAUUGGCCAAAGCUAUUUGCGACGUAAAUUCACCUACUGGACCCGGAAUGGUGUACCAGGGUCAAACUACCCGGAAUACGAGGCUUAUAUUGGCGUUCACCAUGAUUGGACGGUGGAGUUGGUCAAAAAGUGGGGCCGAGUGUACGGCACAUACACGGGCUUUAGGCGCAGUAUUGUUAUUAAUGAGCCCGAUUUGCUUCGGGACAUUAUGGUGAAAGACUUCAAUGUGUUUCCCAAUCACAAAAAUUUCCACAUGGGCAGUUCAAAACUUAGCCAGAGCCUAUUUUUCAUGCCCGGCGACGAUGACUGGAAACGUGUGCGCUCUAUAUUGUCCCCCGUGUUUACGUCGGGUAAACUGCGGGCAAUGUUGAGCCAUAUCGGCGGCAUUUCUGACGGAUUGGUUGAGAAUUUGUCACAAUUUGAGAAGGGAAAGCCAGUAGAUAUGCGCAAAUAUAUCGGCGCGUUUGCGAUGGAUGUGAUCAGUGCCUGCGCUUAUGGCAUAAACCCCCAGUCUAUCAGUAAUCCGGAUCAUCCCAUCGUAACCAACGCUAAGAGUAUACUAGGAGUGGACGCCGGAGUGAGUGUCAUAUUGUCUGUAAUGACCCCACGUUUGGGCCGAUUCCUAAACCUCGAGCCCUUUCCCGUCAAUGCUGUCGACUAUUUCGAUAGUUUGACAAAACAAAUACUCAGCGAACGGAAAGUGAACAACAAAUACAUGACAAUCAAUAAUAAUAAGUACUCGGAAAAGUCGGACAAAGAGACGGGUUAUUAUUCCGGUAGCGAACCGGAAGUGGACGACGAGUCCAUCGGUGGACAGUUGCCUAAAAAAGGUUUGGGAACCCUAACACCGGAUCAGAUGGUAGCGCAAGGUUUGCUGUUUUUCAUCGCCGGUUACGACACCACCAGCGCUGCCCUAACCCACGCAAUACACUACUUGUCUAAACACCCGGACUGUCAGCAAAUACUGUACGAAGAGUUGCGAAGUUGUGAUGAGUUUACGUACGAAAAGUUAUCGCAACUGAAAUACUUAAACGCAGUUAUCAAUGAAACACUACGUCUCGCGCCUUCACUAACACGUAUACAACGGGAAUGCGUUCAGGACUACAAACUCGGAAAUACCGGUAUUACUGUACCCGCGGGCGCGUCGGUCGAGAUCUUUCCAUACGCUAUACACCGGGACCCAGACUUUUGGCCCAACCCUAACGACUUCAUACCCGACCGUUUCCUGGAGCCCACACACCAUCCCUACGCUUACAUACCCUUUGGUGGCGGACCCCGAGUAUGCAUUGGGCAGAGGUUUGCCCUCCAGGAAAUGAGAAUGUGCAUGGCUAAAUUAAUUCACCACUUUGAGUUUAUUGCCUCCAAUAAGGCUAAAAUUGAAUAUUUUACUGGAAAUAUUUUAAUGUCACCAAAA